GCACGUGUGCCCAUAGUUUUGUUCAAGCACAAGACAACCAUGAUGAAUGGAGACCUCUCCGUUUGCAAUCAGGCAUCAAUUCUACACAAGACCAUAUUUCGAUCUAUCCUCGCCUUUGACAAGCGUAUUGCUGACUUGCUGUUUCUUGUCAAACUGUGGGCUGUCCAAAGAGGCCUUUGUAGCUCACGUACUGGCGGAAUCUGCACAUUUGGUCUUUUUAUAAUGAUGAUCAACUUUUUGCAAACAUGCUCUCCUCCCGUUCUCCCU